AUGUUCACAGCGGAUAAUCCACAGACCGAUGGUCAAACCGAACGUGUUAAUCGCGUCGUUGAAGAUAUCCUCUGCAUCUUGGUUGCUGAAAUGCCUAAGCGUUGGAGCUCUAUGCUCCCUGUUGUAGAGUUUGCACUCAAUAACUCCGUGCACGCCUCUACCGGCUACACUCCGUUCUAUGUGAAUGGCCUUACACACCCACACGUUCCAUUAACGAUCCUACCGAGUGGCUCAGGGAUUAGUGGGGUAGAGGUUGUCGAACGGCUUGCUAAUUUCAGCCUUAUUACUGUUAAGAAGCAGGUGAACGCGUUUCUCGCGACGCAGUUGAAUGUCUUACGACAUGUGCGUGACGCAAUGGCUUAUAGCCAAGAUCAACACAAAGAAUAUGCGGAUGCUAAAGGCAGAAGCUGUAUUUAUUGUUAUGAGAUCGGAGACCAAGUCUAA